CUGAUUAACCGUUACAUCCAGAAGAAUCUCGCCAUCAAGUGGGAAAAUAGUAGACUUGCAGUUUUUGACUUACAAGCGGAGUAAAAAAAAAUCGAUCAAAUAGUGAUGAGAGCUGCAGUGCUCCGACUACGCCAGACGCGGUCAAUGGAGUCAACUCGGGGAGCAACUCGCUACUUUAGCGACGGCAAAGGCCGUAUCUUGAGCGAGGAGGAACUUGCUGCUGAGAAAGUCUACAUUCAGAAAAUGGAGAGGGAGAGGCUAGAGAAGCUGAAGAAGAAGGCUGAGAAAGAGAAGUUAGAGAAAGAUAAACAGGGUUCCGAUAAGAAAACUGAAGAGCCACAGAAGGGCUGAAACGAAACCUAAACACUUGCUAUGGAGCAAUAAUCAGAAAUAAAUGUAUGACUUUUGGUGAGAUUAAGUCUGUUUAAUAAGGUGGUCCUGUCAAUAUCUUCUCUCAUUAAGAGUCAUAGACAUGGCUGUGUUGUUGUUUACUGUUCUUGAUCUACGGAGAAGUUGUUUUCUGUACUUUUUAGUACUCUUCCUGGAUGUAUAUACACAUACACUGGUGUCAUGACUGAUUUACUGUCGCGAAUGCACAUUAAUGUGUUUGCUUGUAUAUACAAAUGGUGCCAUUAAUGC